AUGGAAAUGGAAAACAACGAAACACAAUGUUUUGAAGUUCAUUUAACAGAACAUGAACAAAUAAUAAAUGAAGAAUUAAAUGAUAUUAUUAAUAAUUAUGAUCAAUUUAAACAAACAAUUAAUGAACAAAAAGAGAAUCCACAAAAUCAGUUAUUAAUAGAACAAAUUAAUCAAUGGGAAACAAACUCAAUCGAAAUAAUUCAGAAAAAAGCACAGAACUGUAGAGACAUUGUUAUUAAAUCAUCACAAACAUUUAUUAAUGAUAUUGAAAAUAAAUUGAAUGAUUUAAAUGAAAAAAUAAAAGAAAUUCACAAAGAAAGUGAAUUAAAUGAAUCUAAUUUGAAUUACUUAAAAAAUCAAUUGAUAGAAAUGACAGAAACAUUUAAAAAUCCACCAAAUAUUUCUAUUGAACACGAUACACAAUCAUUUAUUAAUGAAAUUUCAAUUAUUUCAUCAAAAAAACCGAAAUUUAAUAAAUGGAAACAAAAUGCCAUCACUGCGGCUGGUGGAAAUCGAAGAGGACAAAAAUUGAAUCUGGUGAAUUACCCUUUUGGAAUCUUCAUUGAUAAAAAGAAAAAUGUUUUCAUUGCUGAUAGUCAUAAUCAUCGUAUUGUCGAAUGGAAAUGUAAUGCAAAAGAAGGGCACAUCAUUGCAGGUGGAAAUGGUAAAGGAAAUCAAUUGGAUCAAUUAAAUCGACCAACAGAUGUUAUUUAUGAUCAACAAAAUCAUUCGAUCAUCAUUGCUGAUUAUGGUAACAGGCGAGUGAUUCAAAAUCAACAAAUUCUUAUUAAUAAUAUUGACUGUUGGGGUUUGGCAAUUGAUAAACAAGGAUUUCUUUAUGUUUCGAAUUGGAGAAAGAAUGAAGUGAGACGAUGGAAAAUGGGAGAAUAUGAUAACGAAGGAAUCGUAGUGGCAGGUGGAAAUGCAAAAGGAUAUCAACUCAGUCAACUCAAUUUUCCUACUUUUAUCUUUGUUGAUGAAGAACAAUCUGUUUACGUAUCAGAUUACAACAAUGAUCGUGUAGUGAAAUGGAGAAAAGAUGCAAAAGAAGGGAGAAUUGUGGCUGGAGGAAAUGGUCAAGGAGAAAAUCUCAAUCAGUUGUUUGCACCUGAAGGAGUAAUUGUUGAUGAUUUAGGUAGAAUCUAUGUGGCAGAUUGUGAAAAUCAUCGAAUAAUGCGUUGGCGAGAAGGAAAAGAAGAAGGUGAAAUUGUUGUUGGUGGAAAUGGAAUAGAAAAUGAAUUAAAUGGUCCUAUGGGUUUAUCUUUUGAUGAUGAAGGAAAUCUUUAUGUUGCUGAUUGUGACAAUUAUCAAAUUAAAAAAUUUGAAAUAAUUUUGUAA